CAAUUCCAUUUGCAUCGCGGAGUGUCCACCUCCUCCUCAAAAAAGGAAAAACAAAACCGGCAAAGUGAAGUGAGCUCGCCGGGUCGGAGGGGAGCAGCAGAGCAGAGAUGGCCGGAGCCGGGGAAGACGAAGCAGCUCCUCCUCCCCCUUCUCCACUAGAUCGACAGCAACCCAUGGAAGAGGCGGCGGCGGCCAAGCGGAGCAGGUCGGAGAACCACCACGGCGUCGCCGACGGGCCGUCCUUCCGGAUGGAGGACCUUCCGGCGGAGGUUCAGCCGGUUAUAAUCUCACUGCUGCCACUGAAAGAGGCCGUGAGGAUGAGCAUUGUUUCAAGAAGUUGGACAACGCUCUGGAGAUUCCACUGCGACCUAUGUUUCAAUGAACCCGUUGAUGUGGAUUCUAACACCGAUGACAAUUCCGCUGAUCAGGUCAAUGGCACUGGCACCAAUGACCAAUCCACUAAUCAGUAUAAUACCAAAAUAACACGAGCAAAGUUCAUUGAAACUGUAAAUUCCGUUAUUCAACGGCAUAGCGGGAUUGGAAUCAAUAAGUUCAGCAUCAUCUGUCGCCUGCACAAAGAGGACUAUCAUCAUCUUGACAGGUGGAUUCGGUUUGCCGCUUCAUCAAAGGCAAAAAUAAUAGAUUUUGAUCUGAAGAUAUCUGAUUACCCAGUUGAAGAAGCUCCCCACUUUCCUCUUGAGGCCUUAGAGGAUCAAGGUAGCUCAUUUGUGCAGUCCUUAUCUCUCGCCAGUGUUUCUAUAAAGCCACACUCAGGACUAUGCCGCUUUACAAUACUCAGAAGGCUUGUUUUGAGCUCUGUUCAGAUAUUUGGAGAUUUUCCAGGUUUGCUUGCAAAAUGUUCAAGACUUGAGGACUUAGAGAUCAAAUGGUGUUCUGGUGUGGAUGACUUAAUCGUACCACACAAACUCGAUAAACUUCAACAUUUGCUGAUUGCUGGAACAGACAUCCAGAUGGUUGAGAUUCAUGCAGCUGAUCUUGCUCAUUUUGAGUACGAUGGACGACUGAUCCCUAUAGUGCUUCAUGGUUGCUCAAAAUUAGAGAAGACAACAAUUGCGUUUGAGGCCUCUAAUGUACUGCCCCAUGCAUUCAAUGUAAUUCCAAGCAUUUCCCCAGUGAAGAUAUUAAUUGUGCGAGCUUUUAUAUCAAAAUAUGGACAGUCCCUGGAGCUGCCAUUAAGACCACAGGGCAUGUUUAUGCAUCUGAGGCAUAUGACUUGUCAAAUUAUCGUCCUUGCUAGAGAUGUAAAUGACUAUAAUGGAGUUCUUCAACUGGCCCAUUGGUUGGACACUGCACCGCGACUGGAGACAUUGGACUUGAAUCUUCCAAUGCAGAUGUCCUAUCUGAGGUCCGGUGCUUUCGUAAGUGCCGAGGUGGCGGGAGUGGAAGCUCCCUGUAUGCGUCGCCAUGAUCAUCUCAAGACGGUCUUCAUGAGUGGGUUUCAGUGUUACAAGUCUCAGAUUGAGCUGGCGUGCUGUAUCCUGGGAAAUGCUUCUGUUCUUGAGCAGCUGACAAUAGAACCAAUCCUCACAGAAGCAAUAUGGGGUGAUGAUGAUUACGGGCGGGUCUGUGAAUGGGCACAGCGAACCUCGAAGCGCUUUGGUAAGGUGAUCACUGUCUUAGAUGCCCCCCUUCACAGUGAGUAAGCCAAUCCUUUUCGCAUCUAGGCACUGUCAAUUAAUCUUGUGUAGUCUGCAGUAUGCAGCAUUCAGCGUAGCUGGGAGAAUGCCCCUGUAGACUAGUGACUGCUUGGGUGUCUAUAAAUGGAAUUAGUAGGGCUUUGCCCCUCUUAAUAAGAAACAAGUAAUCUCUGGUUCAUCAUAGCAAAAAAUCUUGUUCUCCCUUUUA